AUGAGCAGCAAGGAGAAAGAUGAUGCCCAGGAGCACGUCUCCGGGCAGGCCAACAAGCCCAUGACGGCACCGGCUCACGCUCUCGCCAUCGACCGGGUCGUUGACGAGCUCAAGGCCAACGUCGAGGUCGGCCUCUCCGACGACGAGGCCAAACGGCGAUUGGAAGAGUAUGGCCGUAACGAAUUUGGCGAGCAAAAGGGCGUCCAACCCGUCAAGAUCUUUAUCGGGCAGAUUGCCAAUGCUCUCACACUGGUCCUCAUUCUUGCCAUGGCUGCCUCGUUUGGCAUUCAGUCAUGGAUUGAAGGUGGUGUCAUCACUGCCGUCAUCGUUCUCAACAUCGUCGUUGGCUUCUUCCAAGAGUUCAAGGCGGCAAAGACCAUGGACUCCCUGCGCUCCCUCAGCUCCCCCACAGCUCAGGCUAUUCGAAACGGCAACAACGAGACUGUCGUCACCGCCGAGAUCGUGCCCGGUGACAUGGUGGAGCUCAAGACCGGUGAUACCAUCCCGGCCGACAUCCGCCUGGUCGAGGCCGUCAACUUUGAGACCAACGAGGCUCUCCUCACCGGCGAGUCCCUGCCUGUCCGCAAGGAGACGGCAACUACCUUUCCCGAGGACACUGGCCCUGGCGAUCGUCUCAAUGUUGCAUACAGCUCCUCGACUGUGACUAAAGGACGCGCUCGCGGCGUCGUCUUCGCAACCGGCCUCUACACCGAGAUUGGCCAGAUUGCUGCCGCCCUACGUGGCAAGACGUCGCGCCGUCGCCAGCCCAAGCGACGUGAGGACGGCACCACCACGUUUGGUCGCUGGCUCCAGGCCUGGACUCUGACUUGUUCCGAUGCCGUCGGUCGCUUCCUCGGCGUCAAUGUCGGCACUCCGCUCCAGAAGAAGCUAUCCAAGCUGGCUAUUCUCCUGCUCGGCACGGCCAUUGUCUGUGCCAUCAUCGUCCUCGCCGCCAACAAGUUCGACACCAAACAGGAGGUCAUCAUCUACGCCGUCGCCACUGGCCUCUCCAUGAUCCCGGCCUCCUUGAUCGUCGUCUUGACCAUCACGAUGGCUGCUGGCACUAAGCGCAUGGUCCAGCGGCACGUUAUUGUCCGCAACCUCAAGAGCCUCGAGGCACUAGGUGCGGUUUCUAAUAUCUGCUCGGACAAGACUGGGACCCUGACUCAGGGUAACAUGAUUGUCAAGAAGGCUUGGGUUCCCGGCCGUGGUACCUACUCAGUCGGUACCACGAGCGAGCCCUUCAACCCUACCGUGGGCCAGCUCGGCCUCACGAGCGCCCAGCCCAAAGAUAUUGACUUCCGCGGUGCCGAUGCCGAUGGUGAGCCCAUUGAUGGCCAGCAGCUCGUUGCCAAGGACGCCACCCUUCGCGAGUAUCUGAACGUUGCCUCACUGGCCAACCUUGCCUCUGUGAACCAAGUCGAAGGAGAGUGGAAAGGCCGUGGCGAUCCCACCGAAAUUGCCAUUCAGGUGUUUGCGUCCCGUUUCAACUGGAACCGUCUCCGCCUGUCCACUGGCGAUGGGGCCACGUGGCAGCAAAAGGCCGAGUUUCCCUUUGACUCUGAUGUGAAGAAAAUGUCCGUCAUUUUCGAGAACAAGGAGACGCAGAAGCAGUGGCUCUUUACAAAGGGCGCUGUGGAGCGAGUUCUCACAUCCUGCCCGCAGUAUGCCGUUGGCGACGAAAUCAAGGACUUUUCCGAGGACAUCAAGGCCGAUGUCCUCAAGAACAUGGAAGCCAUGGCUCGUCUGGGUCUGCGUGUGUUGGCGCUCGCCAGCAAGACCGAUAUCCCUCAUGUGCAGGAGAACGAGGCAGAGCUCGAGCGUGGAGACUUUGAGAAAGACCUCACAUUCCGUGGUCUGAUCGGUCUCUAUGACCCUCCUCGCCCCGAGUCUGGCCCUUCUGUCCGCAUGUGCCAUGAGGCCGGCAUCAGCGUCCACAUGUUGACCGGUGACCAUCCUGAGACUGCUCGUGCCAUUGCUCUCGAGGUUGGCAUCCUGCCGUCCAAGAUGAACCAGAUUGCCUCCGAUGUUGCCAAGACCAUGGUUAUGGCUGCGUCUGACUUUGACAAACUAACCGACCAGGAAAUCGAUGAGCUCCCUCUUCUCCCGCUCGUCGUCGCUCGCUGCGCCCCUCAGACCAAGGUUCGCAUGAUCGAAGCUCUUCACCGCCGCAAGGCCUUUGUGGCCAUGACUGGUGACGGCGUCAACGACUCGCCCAGUUUGAAGCGGGCAGAUGUUGGCAUCGCCAUGGGUCAGGCCGGCUCUGACGUCGCCAAAGAGGCUUCUGAUAUCGUCCUGACCGACGACAACUUUGCUUCGAUCCUCAACGCCGUCGAGGAAGGCCGCCGCAUGUUUGACAACAUCCAAAAGUUCAUCCUGCAUGUUCUGGCCGAGAACAUUGCCCAGGCUUGCACGCUUUUGAUUGGCCUCGCAUUCAAAGACAGCCGGGGCAUCUCGGUGUUUCCCCUUGCGCCCGUGGAGAUUCUCUGGAUCAUCAUGAUCACGUCGGGUAUGCCUGACAUGGGCUUGGGAUUCGAGAUUGCCGCCCCGGACAUUAUGCAGCGACCGCCUCAAAACCUGAAACAAGGUGUCUUUACGCCCGAGCUUCUGCUCGACAUGGUUGUUUACGGCCUGUGGAUGUCUGCCCUCUGCUUGGCGUCGUUUGUCCUUGUGCUCUACGGCUUCGGCAAUGGAGCCGCGGACAUUGGCCACGACUGCAACAACCAUUACUCUGAGGGCUGCAAAGUCGUCUUCCGGGCCCGCGCAACGACGUUUGCCUGCCUCACCUGGUUCGCACUCUUCCUCGCCUGGGAAAUGGUCAACAUGCGCCGGUCCUUCUUCCGCAUGCAGCCCAAGAGCAAGAAGUACUUUACCCAGUGGAUCAUCGACGCCUGGCGCAACAAGUUUCUCUUCUGGGCCAUCGUCGCGGGCUUCGUCACCAUGUUCCCCAUCAUCUACAUUCCCGGCCUCAACACCGUUGUGUUCAAGCACGCAGGCAUCAGCUGGGAAUGGGGCAUCGUCUUCAUCGAGGCCGUGCUCUUCUUCCUGGGCAUAGAGUCGUGGAAGUUGGCCAAGCGCGUCUACUUCCGCCGCCAGGCCAAAAAGGGCGGCAACUUCAAGUCUGACGUCGAGACCCGCGUAUUCGGACAGUAUCUCGGACGCGGCGCUGGCGACAGCAGCCCGGCCAACGGCGGCGACGAAGAGAGCGGCUCCAACAGCGACACGGCGGCGGCGGAGAAGAGCGGCGCGAGCAGGGCCCUUGCCGACAACGACAAGGAAGCUCAAUGA